AUGCCUCAUCAAGAGACUCAUCAAAUCUCCCAGGCUCCCAUAAGUUGGUGGAUUCUGUCAACUCUCUUUCCACUCAUUGCUGGCACGUUCGGACCCUUGGCCUCAACCUUCAAUAUCUGCGCCCUUGCGAUUGACUGGCGGACAAAUGUCAGCCCGAGUUCCACAGAGUCAGAGGGCACACACAUCUCGGAUCCAGGAUGGCUUCUAGCCGUGAACGCUGUCAGCCUGGCCAUCGCCAUCCUUGCGAAUCUAGCGCUGCUAGCCCAAAUGAUGGAUCGAAUCUCACAUCGACGAGCCUCCCCCAUCACCAUUGCUGGCUGGUAUGCAAGUUCUCUGCUCCUGCUGGGUCUGGUUGCAGCAACCCCGGCACAAUUGCCACUGGCGGCCAACACUUUGGCAACAUAUUCGCAAGCAUUCUACUACGCCAUUUUCGCUUGCAUUAUCUACUUCGUCCUCGCUUCGAUGCUCCUGCUUACUCACAUUACCCUGCAUUACAGAGCACCACCAUUCAGCCGAUCAUUCAAAUUGACCAUGUCUCAACGCUCGCUCAUGCUCCAAACUAUCCUCUUCCUGAGCUACUUGCUCGCCGCAGGGGCCGUCUACUCUCGAAUAGAGAACUGGGAUUUCCUUGAUGCCGUCUACUUUGUCAACGUAACUCUCUUCACGAUUGGGUUCGGAGACUACCAUCCCGUCACUCACUUGGGGAGAUCGUUGUUUUUCCCAAUGGCCGUUGGCGGUAUUCUCUUCGUCGGUCUGAUAAUCGCUUCCAUCCGCACGCUGAUCCUCGAAUCUGGCUCUCGCAAAAUCUCUACUCGGACGGUCGAGAAAGCACGUCGAAAAGUGCUCAAGUCAGGCAAAGAAAAGACUGGCAAGCUCGCGGAUGCAGAUCCUUCUGUGCCGGAACUCGAUCGCCGCAAGCUGGAGUUCGAAACAAUGCGUGACGUCCAAAGACGGGCGGCUCGUGCCAACCGGCUGAUCGCCCUAUCGAUUUCUGGCUCGUCCUUUUUAGUUUUAUGGUUCAUUGGCGCAGUGGUUUUCUGGCAAGCAGAGUCAGCCACUGGCGGACAAAACUGGUCGUACUUUGAGGCCUUGUACUUCACCUAUGUGGCCCUUUUGACGAUUGGGUAUGGCGACUUUUAUCCUCAAACCAAUUCCGGCAAACCUGCUUUUGUCUUCUGGUCCUUGAUUGCACUCCCUACAUUGACCGUCCUGAUUGGUGCGAUUGGAGACACCAUCUCCGAUCUCGUGGCUUCUACCACCUUAUGGCUCAGCAAGCACGCCCCUGAAAGUUUGAGUAUCCUGAGAGGUGCAAAAGCAGCAGCGGAGAAAAAGCGGAACCGCGAAGGUGCUUUCCAGGAAGCAAAGCCCCCCGGAUUCAUGGAUGACGAGUCCGCUGUCGAGAAGGACUUUGAAGAUCAGAACAUUGCCAAGGCAAUCCAGGCGCUGGGCGGGCGGGAACAGAACAACAAUGCUUCUGAACCAGACUCGAAGCCAGAAGACGAGAAAGAAGCCCAGGCACUGUUGUCUGCAUACAGACUACACAUCCUCUUACGUGAGAUGCAGAACGUCGUGCAACAUCUCGACGCUCAGCCACCGAGGAAAUACAGCUACGAGGAAUGGGCGUGGUUCUUGAAGCUCAUCUACGAGGACGAAUCGAUGACGCCCGGCCACAGGAACCCAUGGGAGCACGAGGUGGAUGUUGCUGCUCCGUUGAGGGAAAAGGACGACCAGAAAUGGAGUUGGCUUGGGCAGGAAAGCCCCCUGAUGAGCAUGGAGGACGAACCGAGAUGGGUUCUUGCUCGGCUGCUCGAAGUGGCACAGAGGCGGAGCAAAAGAAAGGGAGACUUUUGGUUGGAGAUGUGGAGGAAACAACACGAGAGGGAUAUCACUGAUGGCGGCAGGUAG